GUCAGUGUCCAUCAAUGCCACCUGUCAUUGCCCAUCAAUGCCACCUGUCUGUACCGAUCAAUGCCACCUGUCAGUGCCCACCAGUGCACAUCAAUGCCACAUAUCAGUGCCCAUCUGAGAUGCCUUUCAGUGCCAACUAUCAGUGCCAGUCAGUGCCACCUAUCAGUGCCAGUCAUUGCCACCUAUGAGUGCUGCCAAUCAGCGCUGCCUAUCAGUGCCAGUCAGCGCUGCCUAUCAGUGCCAGUAAGUGCAGCCUAUCAGUGGCCAUCAGUGCCACCUAACAGUGCCAGUCAGUGCCACCUAACAGUGCCAGUCAGUGCUGACUUUCAGUACCGCCUAUCAGUGCUAUAUAUGAGUACUGCCUUUCAGUGCCCAUCAGUGAUGUCUGUGACUGCCAACCAGUGAUGCCUGUCAAUGCACAUCAGUUCUACCAACAAGUGCCUCUUCAUCAGUGCCCAUCAGUGCCACCUAUCAGUGCCCAUCAGUACAGCCUAUCAGUGCCCAUUACUGCAGCCUCAUUAGCGCACAUCAGUGAAGGAGAAAAAGUACUCAUUUACAAAAUUUUAUAACAGAAACUAAGAAAAAAUUUUUUUUUUCAAAA